AUGCAACCCUCACUUCCUCUCAAAUUUGAUCCUAACAGCCAUCAGACCCUCAACCCAGGCUCCCUCCAAGGCCGUCUAACAUACCUCCUAAAAUCCUGGCCCACGGACGCCGUCCGCCCAUCCUCAGUCUCUGUCCAAUCCUACAUCCAAUCUCGCCUCCAGCCCGCAGACAAAUCUACUCCUGCGAUCUCCGAGUCCUCCGUCAAUGCCUUGACCGCGUUGCUAAACAAUCGUUUCGCGCAUGCGUAUCCUCUAUCGCCAAAGCUGCGCCGGCCGGCGAGUAACCCGGAACACUAUGAUAAUGUCGUGCGCGAAUUUGCGGAGGCACCGACUCGGGAUUGGUUUGGACGGUUAAAGAAGAGGAUGGCCGGUAUCAUCCGGUUGUCGUGA